AUGAGAGGUCACACACGAAGCGAGAGAAAUAUGAAAUCUUUAAGCUCAGUGCAGACUUCCACCUGCUCUGUUUCUGCCAGAGAACGGAGUCUCUACCUCGAGUUCUGGUUAGUACCACAUGAUUUUGGGCUGCGGGUGGGGCGUUGCAGGGCGGCGGCGACCACAGCGCGGCAGAACGCCCUCUCCGACCGCUCUAGGAAACGACACACGAGCAGUCAAGGUUGCGACAUUGGUGGAAGCUGUGUAUAUCAAUUUAUAAUUACAACUUCAAAAUUGUGUGUGUGGAUAUUGUUGAUCCACCAACAAAACAACGAAAACCUACAAGUGGGUUCCAGCGUGUCAUCUACCACCUCUAAGAUCCUGGAAACUUUGAGAACAGCGGAGACGCCGUUGGUGGAAGAGGAGUCAGGCGUAUCCCUCACGGACGGAUUAAUGUCUUCGGAAGCGUCAAGCCAAACAGGUGGCGAGGAGCGGGGCCGUGCUGCACCUGCGGUGGGCGUGGUCCGUCUGCGGGAUCUUCUCCUCGGAGAACGCGAGGUCCAGGCGCCGGUCGCGCGAUCGUCGUCGCCCCGCCGCCGCCCCGCACUCGCAGCGCGCUCCUCUGCGCGCACGGCUCCUCUGCCCCACGGCGGCCGG